CACACAAUAACCAUAAAAAGCCCUUCUUUUUUCUUCUUUUCUUCUUUCUUUCUUUAAUUAUUUUAUUUUAUAAAAAGUGAUGCCAUUAUCUUUUGGGGCUGGUUCCCAUGAAAUAGUAGAAGCUACCAAGAGACAUAGUCGUUCACUUGACCUUGAACAGACAAAUGCAAGACAUGUUAGACUGCUUCAUCAACGAUCAGCCUCUGAGAGUGAUGGACUUGUUUUGGAAAAUGACAACACAAUUGAAAAACAAGUUCCUUCCAAGGUGUUUUCACUCUAUAAAAAACUGAGUACACCCAGUCGUUAUCGUAGUGGGAAAACAACCGGUUCGUUCUUACCAGAAAUCAAGACAACAGAUCGUUUUAAAAAGUCAAGAGCCUCAUUUAGUUCAGCAUUAUCCACUUUUCUUCCUAAUAACACUAAACAUAAUCAAACAGAAACAACCCUUUCAACGUACCGACAGACUGAAUUUGAUAAAACUAAUCCAACCUAUCUGCUGGCACAGACGGGCGAAUCAAGAAGGUCAUUACCUAGCACAUUACAAAAUGAUAUAAACCAGUUUGCUAUCGACGGAUAUGCUAAAAAAUACUUUGCCACACACAAAAGAGGGCUCUUUAGGAGAACGGUACCUAUUAAUGAAAUGCUGCAGUGGACAAAGGAUUCGAUUAGACAACCUUUACUUUUGUCAAACAAGAAUCUCUGUAAAGAUGCACUCAAGUGUUUCAGAAUCAUACAGAUUCUAAUGAGUGAUCGACCCAGGCCACGCAAUUAUAAUGCUAUGGAACACUUUCAGUCUUUGCUUGACUGUGGCAUUUCCAAGGGACAAAUGCGGGAUGAAAUCUAUGUUCAGAUCUGCAGACAGUUGAAUAAAAAUCCAAGAAGUGAAAGUAUCCGAAAGGGCUGGGAAAUCCUUUGUGUCGUCUGCAUUACUUUUCCUCCAUCAAAAAAUCUGGAAUCUUAUCUUUAUGACUUUGUUAAACAACAUCAUUCAAUUAAAGAAAACCAGGUGGAUGUCUAUAGUCAGUAUGUCACCGUGAAGCUGGAACGGAUCUGCUCUAGAGGUGCCAGAGGCAAGGUGUUAUCUAUUGCUGAGAUUGAAAGAGCUAUGGAAGCGCCCUUUAAACCAUCUAUUUUUGGAGAACCCCUCGAGACGGUGAUGAACCUUGAAAAAAAAGAAGGUUUGAAAAUACCCAGGAUAAUCCUGUUCUUGACGAAUGCUGUGCAUGAGCUGAAUGGGAAAAAAACAGAAGGUAUUUUUCGUGUUCCUGGUGAUGCAGACAUGGUCACUGAUCUGAGAGUUCGAAUUGAAAAUGGGAACUAUGAUUCAACUGGCAUUGAAGACCCCAAUGUACCUGCUUCUUUAUUAAAAUAUUGGUUAAGAGAUUUAGCAGAGCCCUUAAUACCAGAAAGAUUAUACCAGCAAUGCAUUGAAAAUGCAAACGAUGGAGAAAAGGCAGUCGAUAUCAUUAAUUCAUUACCAGAUUUUAAUAGACGAAUUGUUCUUUACAUCAUCAGUUUCUUACAGGAUUUUACUGAGCCUGAAGUUAUUCAGCAUACCCUAAUGAACGUAUAUAAUUUAGCCAUGGUAUUUGCACCUAAUUUCUUGAGAUGCCCAUCAACCCAUUUACCUACUAUUUUUGCCAACUCAAAACAUGAGCAAACAUUUUUAAAGACAUUGAUAUCUGUAUUACAAGUGGACAGAGAAGCCUGUGCACACCAAGAAGGCGAAAUCAUUGGCAGAGUCAACACAAUGUAACACUCAAAUGUGGAGUUUUCAUAUGUAAUAAAACUUUUUUUUUCUCGUUGAACAAACAAAAAAAGAAUAUAAGCAUGUAUUCUCUUUUCUUUUCUUUUUUUUUUUUU